GUGUGAAUUCGCCUUGAUUUUCAUUUUAAAUUUUUUACCGUUUUUCCACAAGGCAAAUUUAACAAGGGAACAAAGUGAAUUUACGAAAUUUACACAAAAAUUAAAAUAAAUUAGCCUCAAGGCGAAUUCAUGCAUUAAAUCAUCAACGUGUUAUUGUAAGUCCAAGUUGGCUAGUAUGAACAACAAACGAACGAAUUUACUUUCACUAAACGAUUAUUGCUUAGAAGUAAUCUUUGAAAACCUCGACUUGCUAGAGCAAAUCCGUUUAUCGCUAUGCCAUACACGUUUGGAAUGGGUAUUUGUGCAUAUGAUAGUUCCACAUUUGGACCGAAAUUUCUGUUUUGAUGAUGCACACGCCUUUACCGAAUGGGAUUUUAGACAAUUAUUUUACACUGUUGGCAAAUGCAUGGAAAUUAUUAUUCUCGGACCGAAAUUCCAGCGAAAUGCCAGCCAUUUAGAAGGCAUUUAUUCCUAUAUGCAAGAAUGCCGCUUGCGUGUUAAACACAUUAUAAUCCACUCUCGAGAACCUAAACAAUGCGUCUCUCUGCUCAGUUCAUUGCAACCAGAUUAUAUAAGUGAACUCGAUUUGUUCGAAUGUAAUUUAUGUGACAACGAUUUGCAAUAUUUGUGUAAAUUACGUAAUCUCAAAGGGCUCGGCUUAGGCUGGAAUUAUCAAAUAGAAGGCAUUGUUUUAAAAGAUUUGCACAAUUUGCAACGACUGAUGUUAUGUUGUUGUGAUAGUAUAACUAAUGAGGCAUUGACUGAGUGCUGCAAAAAUUUACGGUUAAAAUUCUUAGACAUACGUAUGUUCAACAAUUUGUCGCAUGUGGAAACAGCAGUGCAGUAUUGCACAUCAUUGGAAACUUUGAAGACAACGUCUCUAAACGUGGAUGCUGCUAAACUACCAAAUUUAAGAUCAUUGGAAAUACGACAUCAAAACUCCCAAUGGGCAAGCCGAUUUUAUGAAGCACUACUAAAAUUUCAUCAACAUGAUUUGCUUGAAUUAAAAUUAUUUGACGAAAUAUAUGUAUUUUUUCCAACAGCGGCAAGAUUUGCACAAUUUAAAAAGUUACGCUCCCUCGCGUUGGGUAACAACGCAUUUAGUGUUUGCCGUGAUGUAGUGAAGCUAAUUUCGGGUUUGACCGAUUUAGAGGAAAUUCAUUUAAUUAAUUCCCUACGCAUCAGAGAUAAACAUUUGUUGCCGCUUAUAACUAAAUGUACCAAAUUGAAGCGAGUGGAUAUACGUAUGUGUCGUUAUAUUUCAAACAAUUUUGUUUGGAAAACAAUGAUUAUAUUGAAAAGGCGUGCAGCAAACUCCAAGGAAAUUUUCAAUAGGCAACCGCUUACAAUAUUGGUUAAUGGAACACGUAUAACACGUAAUAUUUUAGAUAGUGUAGGUUAUAAGAGGAACAGCGAUCUGUUGAAAUUAUUAUUUCAUAACAGCAACACUCAACUGAGCGUUAUUUUUAAAACUGAAAAUCAUAAAAGUGAUUGUAGUUGUUUCAGUUGUAGAAAAUCGAAUAAAAGUAACCCAAAUGAAAUGCGUGGUGAAAUGUCUGAAGAGUACGGCAACUUGAGUGAUGAUGAUGAAGACGAUGAUGAUGAUGAUGGUGUCGAUAUUGAUGAGCAUGAUCUAGAGAGUACGCUAAUAUCAAUGGAAUAACAUUUAUUUGUUGUGAUUAAAUUUAAAUUUAGAAAAUCUUAUGCAAUACAUGUACAACAAUUUAUCAUAUGUAGCACUUAAACAUUUAUGUAAAUAUAAACAAUUGAAUGUAUUAUAUUAAAUACAGCAUAUUACAUA